AUGCUGAAUAUUACAUGUAUCGGCACUGUGGUGCAGACCUCGACUCAUCAUGGCGCGAUGUUCGGAAAGCCGGUCAUAUACCCAGACAACUACACGGUGGAGCGCGCCGUCUUCUCGUCAUCACAACAGCCCGCAGCGCAAGCGUCGAAGCCCACUUUCACCUACAAGGCGCCGUUCACCACUUCGGCGUUAGCUUCGAGGGAUGAGCCGUACUUCACGGCAACCAUCCGCUGGGUGAAGGGGCAGCCCACCUUCACCAUCACGCGCAGCGACAACCCCACCGACAAGACAUACACUGACAGCAAGUCCGCCACGACCGCCUGGCGCAAAGCGCUGGAGGAUGCCAUCAAGGACUUCCCCGGCCGGCAAGCCCAGCUGCCAGCGCCAGCUGACUCCAAGUCGAAGUUGCAGGUGAACGGUAUUCGGCUCUACGGCCUGCACUUGAAAGAUGUCCACGACGAGCUCUUAGCGUUGCCAGGAGGUCAGGCUGCUUUAGACGCUGCCGCUGCCGCUGCUUCUUCUACUGCAGCACUGGCGACCUCGACCGUAACAGCUGUCGCGGCGGAACUGGAUGCAUGCAGCACGAGUCUUCUCUCCUCUUACGGGUCCCAGUCUCCGUCUCAGUCCCAGGCAAAGACACAGCGCCGCCACACCAUCUCGCCAACGCCGAAGAGCUCCGCCAAGCCGCCCGCCGAGGCACACAGCAGCGCACGCUCGAGCAAGAGACGCACUACUCCCAGCUGUCGCGCUUCGGUGGACAAGGAUGCAUCACCAGCGGCAUCCACGGCGGGUUUGGGCACCACAGCCAUCAUUCGCAGUCAGCCCUUGACAGAUGGAGCGGCGAUAAUCCCAGAGAAGAGGCGGCGGACGCGCAGGCCGAAAGGCCUCGACGAGGCUACCGCCACGCCAGAGUCUAUCGCCGCGAUCGGUGGAGAGGCAGCGGCGAUCAUGGCUGCUCCCCCGGUAAAGCGGCGGCGCACGUCCAGCAAGAAGAGUUUGGAGACCGCGCGUGCACCGGCGGUGGCGCCAGCACCGGUGUCCGUUACUGUGGUGUGCCCGGACUGCGGCUCGGGUGACACGCCGUUCUGCGCCACGACAGGAAGGCCGCACUUGCCUCCGCCGUGCACCAGCUGCGGACUCACAACAGCAUUCUGCCCGGUGGCCGGCCAACCGCACGCUGGGGCGGUGCAGCGCGCGAACCGCCAGCGAGGGGAAGUUCACUUGCCCGGUGCAGCUCGCAAGCCUCGGCGCCGUGUGUCAAAGCAACCCCCGGGGGCUAACGCAGCGGCAGGCGCAAGGGGUGAGGUGACGGCAGUGACCGUGGCCGGCACAGAGGACGCUGACGGCAGCGCUGUCGACGCAGGGAACGGGGCGGUGGCUGCCAGGAAGCCCCGUCGGAAGCGUCUUCGUGCUGACGAUGAGGCUAAGCAGGCAUCUGUGAAUGGUGCCGAUGCGUCCGCCGUCGGCGCGAUGGAGAAGCCUGCUCGCACUCGUCGCGCACGCAAGACGAAGGACUGGGCCGCUGCCGCAGCACCGUCUUCGGAGUCGUUCGCGGAGGGCACCAAGGCUAUCAGGGGUGACACCGCCGUUGCUUCUCCUGCCGCAGUGGUAGUGGAAGCGCCACCUGCUCCGGCCGAGGAGCCGGCGUACACGUACCCGCUGCUGCGCCCCCCGCUCACCCUUCGCGAGCACCAUAAGGCGACCCACCUGCUGCAAGAGAGCUGGAAGGUGCAUUACGGAGAUGGACCAGUGCUGCCGGCGGCGGUGGCGGCGGUGCCGCUCGGGCUCGUGCCGGCAAAGCGCGUGGCAGCGGCCGGAGCGAAUCGCCGGCGAAAGGGCCACGGCGGGGCUGCGGGUGGCGGUGCUGGCGGCGAGGAGGGUAAGCAAUCCGACGACGACGAAGACGGAGAGGAGGAAGAGACCGGUGGCACGCGUGCGAAGGACGGAGACGACGACGGCGAUUCCAACGGUGACAGGGACACUGCAAAGAGCGGACUUAGCAGCGCCGUUGGCAGUCCGACAUCAACGGCCGUUGCUGCUGUGGCGGUUCCGACGAUGGUGCACCCUCUGGAGGUGACGCAGCUAUCCACCAGCGUUGCCGGGAAGCGGCUUUCGCGGUUCCUGGUGCAGUACACGAGCGAGCGCACUUUCUUGGACUUGCUGAAGAACUCCUCGUCCGCAGCGGACGGCUGUGCGGGAAGGAAAGCACCUAAGCGGCCAGCGCAGCAGACGGCGGCUGGUGGCGACACCGGUGCCGAAGGUGAGGGGGACGGGGGAGCGCGCACGACAGCGGACGAUGGCGAUGGAAAACAUGUUGUGGAAGCGUCAGGAGCAUCGCCAACAGAGGAACAGCAAGAGUCCGUCAUGCGCGAGGCGGACGCUGUCGACGACGCAGUGCCACCCACCGCCACGGCAUCCUCGUGA